GACGUCAGCUUUCUCUUCCGCCCGCUCUGUCCCCACCAGCGAGACAGGGCCGCAGCCGCCGCCAUUACCGGUCCCCUCCUUUCCUCCGCUCCCGGAGAAUCCGCCGCCAUCCGCAGCCAUGGUGAACUUCACAGUAGACCAGAUUCGGUCCAUUAUGGACAAAAAGGCCAAUAUCCGAAACAUGUCUGUGAUUGCUCAUGUGGACCAUGGCAAAUCCACCUUGACUGACUCCCUGGUAUGCAAAGCUGGUAUCAUUGCUUCUGCCCGCGCUGGUGAGACCCGGUUCACCGACACGAGAAAAGAUGAGCAGGAAAGGUGCAUCACUAUCAAGUCAACAGCUAUCUCUCUCUUCUACGAGCUGUCUGAAAAUGACAUGGCUUUCAUCAAGCAAAGCAAGGAUGGUUCUGGUUUCCUGAUCAACUUGAUUGACUCCCCUGGACACGUAGAUUUCUCUUCUGAAGUCACAGCUGCUCUCCGUGUCACUGAUGGUGCCCUGGUUGUUGUAGACUGUGUCUCUGGUGUGUGUGUACAGACCGAAACUGUGCUGCGACAGGCCAUUGCUGAGAGGAUCAAGCCUGUCCUGAUGAUGAACAAGAUGGACAGGGCACUGCUGGAGCUGCAGUUGGAGCCAGAAGAGCUGUACCAGACCUUCCAGCGUAUUGUGGAGAAUGUCAACGUCAUCAUUUCUACCUAUGGGGAAGGAGAGAGUGGCCCCAUGGGAAACAUCAUGAUUGAUCCUGUGCUAGGUACAGUUGGCUUUGGUUCUGGCCUGCAUGGCUGGGCUUUCACCCUGAAACAAUUUGCUGAGAUGUAUGUUGCAAAGUUUGCUGCAAAGGGUGAUGGGCAACUGAGUGCUGCUGAGCGUGCCAAGAAGGUAGAGGACAUGAUGAAGAAGCUGUGGGGAGACAGAUAUUUUGAUCCUGCUUCUGGCAAGUUCAGCAAAUCUGCUACCAACCCUGAUGGAAAGAAACUGCCCAGGACUUUCUGCCAGCUGAUCCUAGACCCCAUCUUCAAGGUUUUUGAUGCAAUCAUGAACUUCAGGAAAGAGGAGACUGCUAAACUGAUUGAGAAGCUAGACAUCAAACUUGACAGUGAGGAUAAAGACAAGGAGGGCAAACCCCUGCUGAAGGCUGUGAUGAGGCGCUGGCUGCCUGCCGGAGAAGCUCUGCUGCAGAUGAUCACCAUCCACCUGCCUUCCCCUGUCACAGCUCAGAAAUACCGCUGUGAGCUGCUGUACGAGGGCCCCCCUGAUGACGAAGCUGCCAUGGGUAUUAAGAACUGUGACCCCAAAGGGCCCCUGAUGAUGUACAUCUCUAAAAUGGUGCCAACCUCAGACAAAGGUCGUUUCUAUGCUUUUGGACGUGUCUUCUCUGGUCUCGUCUCUACUGGCUUGAAAGUCAGAAUUAUGGGACCAAAUUACACUCCUGGCAAGAAGGAAGAUCUGUAUCUGAAACCAAUCCAAAGGACCAUUCUUAUGAUGGGCCGUUACGUUGAACCCAUUGAGGACGUGCCUUGUGGUAACAUCGUUGGGCUGGUCGGUGUUGACCAGUACCUGGUCAAGACCGGAACCAUCACCACCUUUGAGCAUGCUCAUAACAUGAGAGUGAUGAAGUUCAGUGUCAGCCCUGUGGUGCGUGUGGCUGUUGAAGCAAAGAACCCAGCUGACUUGCCCAAGCUAGUAGAAGGACUGAAGCGUUUGGCCAAGUCUGACCCUAUGGUGCAGUGCAUCAUUGAAGAGUCUGGAGAACACAUCAUUGCCGGUGCAGGAGAGCUGCAUUUGGAGAUCUGCCUGAAGGAUCUGGAAGAGGACCAUGCAUGCAUUCCAAUUAAGAAAUCUGACCCUGUCGUCUCUUACCGUGAGACAGUCAGUGAGGAAUCCAAUGUGCUGUGCCUUUCCAAAUCCCCCAACAAGCACAACAGGCUGUACAUGAAGGCCCGACCCUUCCCAGAUGGAUUGGCUGAGGAUAUCGACAAAGGCGACGUCUCUUCCCGUCAGGAGCUGAAGCAGCGUGCACGCUACCUAGCUGAGAAGUACGAGUGGGAUGUCACUGAAGCCCGUAAAAUCUGGUGCUUUGGUCCAGAUGGCACUGGCCCCAACAUCCUGACUGAUAUCACCAAGGGAGUGCAGUACCUGAAUGAAAUCAAGGACAGUGUUGUGGCUGGCUUCCAGUGGGCUACUAAGGAGGGAGCUCUGUGUGAGGAGAACAUGCGCGGAGUCCGCUUUGAUGUGCACGACGUGACCCUGCACGCUGAUGCCAUUCACCGUGGUGGUGGGCAGAUCAUCCCUACUGCCAGGAGGUGCCUGUAUGCCUGUGUGCUCACUGCUCAGCCAAGACUUAUGGAGCCCAUCUAUCUUGUAGAGAUCCAGUGUCCAGAACAAGUAGUUGGUGGGAUCUAUGGUGUCCUGAACAGGAAGCGUGGCCAUGUCUUCGAGGAGUCCCAGGUGGCAGGCACUCCCAUGUUUGUUGUUAAGGCCUACCUGCCUGUCAACGAGUCUUUUGGUUUUACAGCUGACUUGAGAUCCAACACAGGUGGCCAGGCCUUCCCCCAGUGUGUGUUCGACCACUGGCAGAUCCUGCCUGGGGACCCCUUUGACAACACUAGCCGUCCUUGCCAGGUGGUUGCUGAGACCCGCAAACGCAAAGGGCUGAAGGAAGGUAUCCCGGCACUAGACAACUUCCUAGACAAAUUGUAAAAGCUACCCCAACACCAGUUUAAAAUCACUGUCGUUGGACUCUGAAUAAACUAACUAGCAUAACAUCAAAUGCAGCAGGCAACUGUAGACUGCAGUGACCAUCUCUUUGCAUUAUACUUAAUCAGUUUCAUAGCAAUUUGAGACUUUCAGAAAAAAACACAUUGAUAUUCAGCCUUAUAGGUUUCUGUGUUGCACAUGACUCAUUAGGGCCCCACUUGGUGCCAUUGUAACUUAAAAACAUUUCCACUUGAUGCAACUCAAGUUGCCCAGUUCCGUAUUUAUUUGACACAGGAAAGAUGCUUUCCUCUCUGCAGGGAUUGGGCAAAAGGGGUGGGGUGGGGUAAGAGGGCACCUGCCUCUUCAAAGGGGGAAAUUCAUAAUGCCCAGCGACUUGCAAACCAAGCAAAAUAUUGCAGGAAGAGGGUUUGCUUGAGUUAAUGGCCUCUAGUAUGCUUUUUUUUUUUUCUUUUUCCCCCCCCAGGGGAGGGGGAUGUGUAAGGGGACUUCUAGUUGGGCAGAAACUCAAAGGCAGGAAGAUCUUGUGCAGUGUGAUUGUAUCAUGAACAUCAACCAAUGUAUUAGUGCCACUGGAAUAAUAAAUUUGAUAUGGUGAUGAGUA